AUCUUGCAAAAAAGGCACACGCUUUCCUCGCGCAGUAUGGCUCGCUUGAUUCCAGUCGUGAUCUGUUCGACCACGUUAGUUCGAAAAGAUUUUGUUUCAUUUAUAAACGAAAUCGUGCGCAAAUAAUCCAAAAUACAUCAUGGAUGAUGAGUGGGAUGUCGAAAACGCUGAAGCGAAAUUCGACCUCGCUAUUAGAUCCAACAAGUGGGAGGGUGAAGACGAAGACGAAGAUGUCAAGGAUAGUUGGGAAGAUGUUGAAGAAGAAAAGAAAGAUGUAGAAAAACCUGCAGAAGUGCCUAAAGCUAAGCCAAAGCCAAAGAAAGCUUUGGCAGAAAGAAUUGAAGAACGUGAGAAAAAGGCAAGAGCAGAGGCAGAGAGAAAAGCUAAAGAAAAAGAGGAAGCAUUAACACCUGAGGAAAGGAGAGCAGAACAAUUAAGACGUCAAAGGCUCCAAGAAGAAGCUGAUCUACGUCUUGCCAUGGAAACUUUCGGUGUGACUGAAGAAUCUGUGUUGAGCUUGGAUACCACAGUACCUAACACAAAAGAAGAAUUUGAGCAGUAUGGAAGUGUACUUACACAAAAGCUGAACCAACUUGCUAAACACUCUGAGUUUCCUCCAUUUGGAGAAGAACUUAUUAAAUCUGUUGCUCUUAAUUUACCCUCAUCACAUUUGAAGAAGGUUAAAACAUUGGUCGAUAAUUUGUUGAUUGAAAAGCAAAGAAUCGAAAAAGCAGAAAAGGCAAAAAAGAACAAAGGCAAGGGAAAGGCAAAAUUGAAAAUUGAAGGUGACAACACUCUUUUGAGCGAAUACGGCGACUAUGUUUACGAUGAUUAUGACGAUUUCAUGUAGCGACCUUUUCAUCCCAUAUUCUUAUUAUUCCCUAAUUCCUUUUCUAGUCGCCUAAAUACACGCAGAUGGUUAUUAA